UCUUCAAUUCCCUCAUAGUUCUUAGUACAAAUUUUUGGUUCAAUGAUGAUACAGGACCUCUCUCAAAUGGGACAACAUACCCGUAAUUGUCAUGCAUAAAUACUCAAAAUUAUAUAUACAUGUAUUUAUUGCAUUGCCGGCUUAAAACUUGCUGAUAAUCCUUUCUUGCACAACCCGCGGUAAAUUAUCACUUUCGAUUUCCCUAGAUAAGAUCACUCCAGCAUUUAAUUUAUAGCUUCUCUCUCUCUCUAGUACAAUGCUUCUCUUUGAAAAAGCCUGUCUUUGUACGCGUGUGUGGACUUUACAGGCUAUUGCUUUUGUUUUUUUACAUUCAUGGUAAAUUAAGAGUGAGUACCUAGCUUUUGUUGGAAGAUUAUUGUUGUAAUAAAAAGUGAAGGUUUCGGUCAAGGAGAUGGGGAGGACACCUUGUUGUGAUAAGAAGGGUUUGAAGAAAGGGCCAUGGACACCUGAAGAAGAUGAGCUUCUUGUUACUUACAUCAAGAAGAAUGGACAUGGCAGCUGGCGCUCUCUCCCUAAGCUCGCAGGUCUUCUUCGCUGUGGAAAGAGUUGCAGGCUUAGAUGGACAAACUACCUCAGGCCUGAUAUAAAACGGGGUGCCUUUACUCUCGAGGAGGAGAAGCUUGUCAUUCAGCUUCAUGGCAUUCUUGGAAACAGGUGGGCGGCCAUUGCUUCUCAGCUGCCAGGGAGAACAGAUAACGAGAUCAAGAACUUGUGGAAUACUCACCUGAAAAAGCGCCUUCUUUGCUUGGGAAUUGAUCCCCAAACUCAUGAGCCCUUUUCAUCCCGUGGACCAGUCAUUAAAGGACCCGCAUCCCCAGCUACACGCCAUAUGGCGCAGUGGGAGAGUGCUCGGCUGGAAGCCGAGAAACGCCUUUCAAGGGAGUCAUCACUCUUCCUUCCACCGAUGGUGGAAAAAAUUGAUUGUGAUCACUUUCUGCGCAUAUGGAACUCUGAAGUUGGGGAAUCCUUUCGAAGGAUCAACAUGGGAGACAAUAAAACUGCAUGCCAAAGUCCUGUUUCUCAGGCAUCUUCGUCGACAAAAUGUGGAUCAAUUUCAGCUAUCACUGCAGAUAUUAUCCCCAACUUAUCACGGUCCCCCGCCACAGCAAGCAAUCAAAAUGAAGAUAUGGAGUGGAAAAGCCCCAAAUCCUAUGCAGAAGAUGUGCUGGCUGGGUCUGAUUCAAGUUCAGCUGAAUUGGAGGAUUUAACAGACUCCACAUUACAACUUCUGCUGGAUUUCCCCAUUAACAACGACAUGAGCUUCUUAGAUAAAAAUAUUGACAGCUAUGCCACUUCAUCUGCGAUGUUGACUGGACCCUCAUGAUAUGCCCUCUAUGAAGCAUGGACGAAAAUGUUGCUGUGUAUAAUGAAUCUUCUUUUGCCAGGAUGUUCAUAUGCUCUUUUUUGGCACUACAAUUUCUGAAGCUAGUUUAAGAGCAAAGAAAGUUAAGAACCAAGCCAGCGGCAAUUGUGGGUAGUUUUUCAGCCUACAGUUACAUACAGAUGGUGAUGUUAGAAUUUCGUUUCCUAGUUUUAUUUACUCGGUACCUUGCUGACAUAUAUACUAAGGGACCUAAACUUCCAGGUUUAGUUUCGCAACUAUGCUAUAUAUGCGAUGCUAAACUCAUAUUGCCAGGAUAUUUGUUUCUACUAUCCAUUAGAAAUCUAUCUGCACCAAGCUGCACCAGGUUAUGACUCUGUUUUGUGAAGAUAUUGACAUGAUUAUGUUAAUGUGAUUUUGGACUCAAUAAUAUUUAUUUAGGUGGAAACUGUACAGUGUAGGAAUCAGUAGUUGAAGCUAACCCUUUACCCUGCCAUGGCAAUAUGGUAGAUUAAUAGUUGAGUUCCGAAAGGGAAGGAUACUACUGAAGGACCAAAACAAAGCCUUUAGAUUUUGUAUAGACCUAGUUGUGGUGGUAUAAUGUUUCUGAAAUCAUUUUGGCAAUCAAUAAUGGCUUACUGUCUACCGAAUAUAAGGAAAAAUUCUCACUGACUGCCCAUGAAUCUCAUCAGUCAUUAGCUUUCAGAAGAUACCGAAAAAUAUGAAAAGGAUGUGUUCGCCAAGGCAACCUCACUAGUAUGCCAAGAGAAGCCAACUUCACAAACAUGUUAAUCUUGUUUCUCACAGAUCAAAUAUUGUAUUCCUAUACAUAAACACACUGAAUAUUUAAAUUUUCCGAUGUUUAAUGAAAGAAGACAUGAAACCAUGUGGGA